AAUCAAAUUUCAACAGUCCUCUCUACAAUCCAAUAGAAAUCAACCACAUUGCCGACUAGGCAAAAACUGUCAAUUGUUAAUUUAAAAUCCUGCACACCCGUUGGCACGAUCCUGCGCACCCAUAUUACAAGAUUGUCUUCGAAGUAUUUAAAAUUUUUCUUGACUUGUUUUUCGCGACUGACCCACAUAAGUUUUGUGCUACCAAAUCUUCAUAUGCUUUGCCGAUUUGGCUUUUUAAUGGCAUCAGUUUGAUCGGAUCUGUACUUAUUCAGAGGCAUCAUUUGGCUUACUCAAUAGUUUUUAUAAGAUGGGGCGAUUUGGGUUUUUUGUUUCGGUGUUGUUAUGUUUGAGUUUUAGUGGUACUCAGUGCCUUCGGUUUGAUCUGCCAUCAGGACAGACCAAAUGUAUAGCAGAGGAGAUUCAACACAAUGUUAUGGUGCUGGGGAAUUAUCAUGUUGUAGCGCCUGGUUCAGAUGAACAUCGUUUGGGGACUAUCACUACACAGCCUGUGCCAGAUGAUCACAAACUCACUGUCAGGGUGACUUCUCCUUAUGGAAAUAGCGUGCAUUAUGCUGAAAAGGUAGAAUCAGGACAAUUUGCCUUCACCACCACUGAAGUAGGGGAUUACCUGGCUUGUUUCUGGAUACCUCCUGUCCAACCAGUUGUUAAGGCAACUGUUGAAAUCGAAUGGAAGACUGGUGUUUUUGCAAAGGACUGGACAAAGAUUGCCAAGAGAGAUAAAAUUGAUGGUAUGGAGCUAGAGUUGAGAAAGCUUGAAGAACAUGUUAGUUCUAUACAUGAAGAAAUGUUGUAUUUGCGGCAAAGAGAAGAAGAAAUGCAGAACCUAAAUAUAUCAACAAAUUCAAGAAUAGCUUGGUUCAGUAUCAUGUCUUUCUUUGUGUGCUUAUCGGUAGCAGCUUGGCAGCUGUGGCAUUUGAAGAGCUUUUUUGAGAGGAAGAAAUUGCUUUAAAUCUCUAGGCAGUUUUGAGUGUAAUGUGGACCAUUCUCUCUUGAUAUCUAUGUUUUUGAAAUGGGAGCUAAUUAUUGUACAUCUUUUGUGCCAGCCAAUUUUCUACAUCAGAAAACAUCAAUGAUGACAUAAUUGAGAUUCUUUUUCAGUUCUAUUCAUAGAUUCAGAAAUAGGAGUCAUACGGGGUCUUUGUUUAAAAAGUUUGGACCCUUAUUUCUGUAAGUACAAUAAAUUUAUUUUGUAAUUUAUGCAAAUAUUUUUAACUUGCA